GGUUCUCUCGAGCGAAGAAAAGCUACCCGUACUGGCUUCCUAAAGCCCAUUUUCGGCUUCGAGGUGUUAGGGUUUUGAAAAACGGGCACAGUUGCCGAUUUAGGAAGACAGGCACAGUUGCCGCUUGAGUGGUGGCAGAUAUUUCCCUAGGUUUUCAUCCAAGGCUGGGUUCACUGUUGAAGCUUUAUCUUCUGCUGCGAGACUCUUUCAACGACGAAAAGCCGAAGGCAACGUCCGCCGUUUCCUCGAAGCCCAUUUCCCGCUCUCAGGCUACUGAAUCGAGGUUUUAUACGGAGAUUAAGCAAGGUAGUCCUGGUGAGCAGAGGCAGAUCUUCUUCCUAGGGUUUCUUUGAAUAUUCCCUUCAUUCCGCGGAGAGGGAGGUGUUUCUUUAGGCAGUUUUUGAUUCCGUAGUGGGCGAUCUUUCGUAAGGUUUAAAGAUGAAGAAACUCGGGAUUUCCAGUUUGAAAAGCUUCGAUCAACUCCGAUCCUUGAGUGGAUCCUUGGUUGGAAUGGAGAAAACACCUCAGAUCGCAACUAUAAGGCCUCAAGUGGAUUCGUUGUCACAUGGAAGUUUCACGAAUUUAAAGAUAACGGCAGACAAGCUGGUUAGAGAACAAGCAUCGGUGAAAACCGACCUUGAAUUGGCGCACACAAAACUGAGGAAAGCAACAGAGCAGAUACACGUGCUAGAGGCCAAAAUACAGGAAGCAGUUAAUGAAAAUGCAAAGCUUAAGGUGAAGCAAGCGGAAGAUGCAAAAAUCUGGGAUGGAUUACAUACAAAAUUCUCUUCUACUAAGGCACUUAGUGAUAAUUUAAGUGAGGCAGUUCAGAAAUUAGCUGAUCAGAAUGAUGCUGCCGAGGAAGACAAGAAGUUAAUUGAGGAAAAGCUUUUGGAGAAUGCUAAAGUUUUGGAUAGCUUGAAGGUUCACUUUGACGAUUUAUCCACAAAACUCGAAUGUGCAGAUAACAAAAUAAAAUUUGGAAAACAAGAAAUUUACAAACUUACACGAGAGAAGGAAGAAGCAGAGAACCGCUUCAAGGAUGAACUCUGUAUUGCUGAUGAAGUUAUAAAAAGAAAAGGUGCUACAAUCAAGGAGUUAGAAGAUGUAGUUGAAGAAAGUAAACAUCAAAUGCAGACGCUUGAUUCUCAACUGCAGGCUGUACAACAUGAGCUUAAUUCUAAAGAAGAAAUGCUAAAGAACUUGAGUUUCACCAAGGAUGAUUUGGAGAGGAAAAACAAUAUGUUGCAGUGUAAUAACCAAGGUUUGAAGCAGCAGAUAGAGAACUCAUGUUUAGAGAUAAAAAAUCUUGAAGAAAUCAUCCGUAGUUUGAUGUAUAAAGUAUCUCAACUGGAUAAGGAUUCUUCAGCCAUAUCCAACAAUGUUUUAAAGCUGAUAUCUUCUUUCAAAAAAUACUAUGAUCUGAUACAUCAGGAGAAGGAUAUGACUGCCAAGCUUAAUCAAGGAAAACUAGAUAAACUACAACAACAAUUGCUGAAUGCCAUGGAUGAAAAUAAUUCCCUUAAUUUGCACAAUGACCAGCUAUCUAACAGGAUUAUUGAGCUGCAGAAAGCUCAGGAGUUUGUUAUGGUGCAACAUGCUGAUGAAUGCCGCGUAGCGGAAGAUAAAGCACGCAUGUUGGAAUCUGAAGUUGAUGGACUUCUUUCAAAGAAAAAUGAAUUGGAGAAGCUGGCCGUCGAACUAGAAGGCAAAGUUAAACAUUUAUCAGAGGUUUCUAAUGUUGCUGAGAACAAAAUGCAAGAGCUGUCGCAGAUAAUUUCAAAACUAGAAAUGGAGAAUCACAAUAUUCAGAGUAGGCUGCAGCUGCAAUUGCAGGAGAAGGUUGAGGAAGCGGAAGCUUUGCAUAAUGCGAUAAUAAAGCAUGAAAAGCAUGCAGACUCACUAGGAAAUCAAAUCAGUGAGCUACAUGGUGCUUUGGAUGAGAAGGAAAAGCUUAUAAUUAGUUUAAAGGAAAGGGAAAAGUGUCAGGAAGAACAACAAUCUGAGGUCAAGGUGGCGCUUGCUGCAGCAGAGUGUAAACUCGCUGAUGCUAAAAAGCAGUACGAUACGAUGUUUGAAGGCAAACAGGUUGAAUUAACUAAGCAUUUGAAGGAACUUUCUCAGAAGAAUGAUCAGGCUAUCAAUGAGAUCAGAAAGAAGUAUGAGGCUGAGAAGGAGGCGAUGGCUGCUGAGGAAAAAGAAAAGGCAAACAAACUCACAAAGGAAAUGGAAAGAAACUGUGAGGAGAAAAUAACAAAAAACAGAGAAGCAGUUGAGAGAGAUUUGUUACAUGUUAAGGAGGAGCAUAAAGCAAUGGUAUGUCGAUGCUCUUGAGAUAAGGACUUGAAGGAGAAAAGUCUCCUUGCGCAUCAUAGAGGAGAAUUACAGCGGAUUCAGCUACUUGCAGAGAAUGAAAUGAGGGAGAAAAUAUCAUCCCUAAGGAAGGAACAUGAAAUCCAAAUGAAAUCUUUAAAGAUGCAAUACGAUGAUGUACAUAAAAAGCUGCAAGAAGAUUUGGAGAUGCAAAAGUCAAAGGAGGAGAAGCAGAGAAAAUUGCUACAAUUGCAAUGGAAAGUAAUGAGUGAAAAUCAACAGGACAAUCAAGAAGUGAACUCUAAGAAGGAAUAUUCUACUUCAUCUAUCAAGAUGAGGAAUGCUUACAGAGUGAAUGGACAUGAGGUCGUCUUGCCAACUCCCGAAAGUGAAAGGAAGGAAAUGAACUUAUCAGGAUAUAUGCAAACACCCAUGGCGAACCUGCUGAAGAAAGUCGAUGUCAGAAAAACUAUGCCUAAACAUCGGAAGGUGACUCGACAUGAAUAUGAGGUUGAGACAUCAAAUGGUCAGACAAUUAUGAAGCGCCGAAAAACCAAGAGCACUGUCAUGUUUGGGGAUCCAAGUUCUCGUAAGACAAUGCAUGGGAGGACUCCAAAUUCGAAUAAGGACAUCACAAUUCAUGGAAGGACUCCAACUUCUAAUACAGACAUCACACAAAUGCCAAAGAUGACAAGUGGACCUCAAUCCCACCAUGCUAAAUUAGGCGACUUGUUUUCUGAAGGCUCUUUGAAUCCAUACACAGAUGAUCCUUAUGCCUUUGGAUGAAAGGUUGCCAGGAAGCACCCCAACAACCGGCGUAAGCGUGAAGAAUGUGUCCGGAUGCCAGAAGUUUCCUACAAAUUUUC